AUGGCGCUUUCAGAAGCAGCGCAAGAAGCAGUUUGGCUGAAGACAUUUUUGUACGAACUUGGUGAGAUGGAACCUGGCGUAGCAGUCAAGGUUUAUGAUGACAACCAAGGAUCCAUUGCGCUAGCCAAGAACCCAGAGUUUCACAAGCGCACAAAACACAUCGACAUUCGCUACCAUUUUGUUCGCGAGAAGGUUGAAUACGGCCAAGUUAUUCUCGAGUACAUCCCGACGAUGGACAUGCUGGCAAUCAUCAUAACCAAGCCGAUUCCCGCAAGUCAAUUCUGUAUACUUCGAAGCAAGCUCGGCAUUCAAGCACCAAGUACUGCCGAGUCGAGUGGGAGUGUUGUUGAAGAUGCGCCUAGUCGUGCAGACUAG